AUGCUGCGCUCCAUCGCAGAUCAGCAGGGGCUCCUAGGCGUGGUCGUCUUCGGCUCCUCUGUGCGUCCAGGCGGCGUCGACCAGGGCCGGCUGGGAGACGGCUACUUUCUGUCGGCGCUGGCGUCCGUUGCGCACGCAUGUCCGAAGUGCAUCAUGAGCAUGUUCAUCCAGAGGCAGCAUGAGACAAAUGGAGUCAACAGCAAGUGGCUCCUAGACGGAGUGGAGAUGGAGGUCUCGGUUGACCACCUGGUCCCUGCGAAGUACGCCACCCCCCUACUUCGCACAGGUAUCGAACGGCGUCUUCUGGCUAAUCAUCCUGGAGAAGACCUGGCGUGA